GGAGGAGGAAGAAGAGGAGGAAGAGAGGAGGAGGAGGAGGCUCGGUCGGGCACCCUUGCAGGUCCACAUCCUUGCCCCACCCAGAAGGAGUUUAGAGCAGUGACGGAUAACCAAAAUGAUUGUUCUCCCUAUCCGAGGUGAUGACGGUUCCCUGUAUCCAGCCCUUUUUAGAGGAAUAAGGUAGUCCUCGGCUGACAGCUACAAUUGGGACCGGAAGUUCUGUCACUAAGCGAUGUGGUCAUUAAGAUUGGCUCAACAAGGACUCGAUCAGAGGUUCAAAACCUCAAGAGAUCUGUUCAAAGACCCUCAAUGGGUUUUUGGAAUCCAGAAUAAGAAUCUCUACUACAGGUGUGAUGGACGGAAAGAAAAUCAGGUGGAGUGUUGAUCACAUCAUUGUGGUCGCCAUUUUGGCCAUACUCUCCAGACACACCUCGUGUUCCCUUGUGGCAAAACCAAAGCCUCCACAAUGUGGAUUCAGAAUAAAUGUAAAUGAUUAUCGACUAAUGUACAGUACACGUCCUGUAACCUCAUUCUCACCUGCUGAUGUCCCUGUUCCUUGUUCGCGCACAUUAAUAAUAGUCAGUUCACAACCCCAGCAUAGCUGCUUCAGCAAAGUGUUACUUUUAAAUAAAUGGGGCAGUAAUUUUUUAUUAGGCCUUCCAAACUGUCACAAAAGAGCGAGAAAAAUUUCAAGUUCUCCAGAACUCCUCAUCAGGAGGUGACUGUGACUAAAUGAGACAUUUUGGCUGCAUUCUCAAAUUGGUUUUUUUCUUUUUCUUUGUCUUCUAUCCGUUUAGCAUCUAGCCUGCUAGGAAUCUCGGGGGGGAAUAGCAUUUAUUCCCACUUUACUCAAAAGUCAGGAGUGAUUUUGUUCAUGGUACUCUCCUAGCGCUCUUUAAAAUAUCAAACUAGCCACCAUCUAAUCCCCCCCCUAAAAAAGUUCAAACAUCCACAUGGUUAGAUAUUAGGGAACUGUUAUUUUUCUCAAUAAAACUUCAUUUUAUUUUAUUUUUUAAUUAGAUUUAUAUGCCGCCCUUCUCCGGAGACUCAGGGCGGCUUACGAUGCGUUAAGCAAUGGCCUUCAUACUUUUGUAUAUUUUAUACAAAGUCAGUUUAUUGCCCCCACAAACUGGGUCCUCAAUUUACCUACCUUAGAAAGGAUGGAAGGCUGAGUCAACCUUGAGCCUUGGCGAGAUUCGAACCUGCAGUAAUUGCAAGCAGCUGAAUGUUAAUAACAGGCUUUUAGUCUGUUGAGCUAUCCAGGCUCCUGUAUGGCUGCAUGCAUGUAUUCUUCUGGAAAAAACACCUUUUACAUCUGAAGUUGGAGAGAAAAUCAGAUUCUUAAAAAUCAAAAAUAAUUAAUUAAUUGAUUAAUUUAUUAAUUUGAUUUUUAUACCGCCUGUUUUGUGAAGCAUGGAGGACAUGCUUCACAAAACUGGUUGAAACUGGGUAUAAGAAUGGGCAGGUGCUGUUCCCAAGUGGGAAGCUAAGGGGCUUCCAUGUGUCCUUCCAUCUUUUGUGAUCUGGGAUGCAUGUUGGAAAGAAAGGUUAGACCACAAAAAUAUUGCGGUAGGGGGUUGUAUUCAGUCAGGCAUGGUAACGGUGCCACUUUGCAGUGGUGGGUUCCACAAUUCCGCUCAGUAUUGGAACCCAGAUUCACAAGAAGUCUUCGCUCUGACACAGCGAGCAUUGAAGAAGUGCUUAUGUUCAGGUCUGCACCACCUACUCUUUGAUGGACCUAGCCUGAAGGAUGGCCUCUUUCCUCCCAAAUGCUUAGUUUUAAAAAUAAGGCUUAGCACCAGCUUAGCAUGGUUUCCUUCAGCAGCAUUUAGGCCUUAGCUAAAGAGCGCUGUGCUUCUUUCUGCAAAAUUUUGGAAAUCAAGAAGUUUAGAAAACCGUAUAUGGAGUAGAAAAAGGGGAGGGGAAAUGUAUUCCCUCCUCUUGUGCCAACCAAGUUGGUAUGUUUCACUGUCAAAGGGAUUCAGGAAAGCUUUUUAUUUAAAAUAAUAAUAAUAAUAAUAACGAUACUACCAUGUUUCCCCGAAAAUAAGACCCUGUCUUAUAUUUUUUUGAACCCUGAAAUAAGCGCUUGGCCUUAUUGCCAUGCGCUCAAAAGCCCGAAUGGGCUUAUUAUCAGGGGAUGUCUUAUUUGGGGGGAAACAGGGUACCACUAAUAGAUCAGCUGUGCAUAAAGUUCAUAAUUCAAGUAUGCAGAUAGUUCCCACAGGACACGGGGCUGGCGGUAGGUUGGACACAUUCCUUGAGGAAGAAGAACCUGGCCGUGGUGGCUACCUAGGAAGGUGUUUUCCCAUCAAACCUAGAGAGCAAAAAUAAGGGUAUUCAGCUCUAUGGAUCUUCGGUGGGAUGCAUCAGAGCAGUUUUGAUGCAAGGGAAUUUCUCUCAUAAAUCAAAGCAGCUUUUAGAAAUGGGAAAAAGACUUCCUAAAAUCCUGGAGCUGCGGUCGUGCCAUCGCUCUUCAAACCAUGUUUCAGCCUUGUUUCCCUUUUCUCCAGUGUUUAAGAAAAAGAAGGGGAAAAAAAAAAAACAGCUGGGGUGCAUAAAGGGGAAAGCUCUGAAUAGCCUUGGGAUGGCGAGAGAGAAGGAGAGAGAUCUAAAAUGGCUGCCGCUGGGCACUUCGGCACCAGCAAGUGGCGUUCAAAUCAUAGCUGGGCUCCCACCAAGAAGAUAGCUGGAGUCAUCGGAGAGAGAUUAAGAAAGAGUGCCAAGGAAGCAGAUCUCUCAAUGGGAGAAAUGAAAGUAUUGAAAAAGGGGGGGGCAUGAAGGAUGGACCCCCAAUCUCCAAAACCCCCCCUCCCCAGAGAUCGCUGCUGGAGAGAGUCACAGCCUUGUAGAUACGAGAAGGUGGACAAUCGGGGUGCUCUCUCAUCAUCUGGGCCAGAGAAGUCACCCCCCAAUGGGCAGCCCUGGUCAGCUGAGCUUGGGGGACCAAAGGAAGAAUUUAGAAAGAUUGGUCCAAUCUCAGUUAGUUACCCCAGGCCAGAGGAAUAAUUCCUACUCUGGUGCAAGAAAGCUCCUGUGUAGCUUAGCCGGUUGGGUGGGAGGAGAGAGUUAACCACGGCUGUUGGAUCAUGGCCCAGAUCUCUCUCUCUCCUCUUUUUUUUUUUUUUUUCUUUUUUUUCCCGGCGUCCCUUUCUCCUUUGCUCUCUCCCGCCCUCUCUGCUUCUCUCUCUUUCUCUUCCCUCCUUCGCUGGCACUGAGCAUUCAUCCAUUCCCAGCAAAGUGCCCACCUCCUUCCCAACUUUGCUCGGCCAUUAUGCCCCAUUCCCUCUUUUGUCUCCCUCCCCUCCCCUGCCCCAAGCCUCAAGCAAGAGCCGAGCCCCGCUUGGCACACCCUGGCAGGGCUCCCAACCUGUCGUCCCUCUCGCCCUCUGUGCCAGCUUGACCCCCUCCAUUUUCUUUUCUCGCUUCCUCGCCUACAGUCUCUCUUUCUCUCUCACUUUUCGUUCCUUUCUUCCCCCGCCAUCCUGGGCAUCUCCCCCGCUUGAACCCCGAAGAUGGCAUCCUUGAAGAUCGACCCAUCCUGAGCAGGGUGAGGCGUGACACUCGAAGGGCUUGUCUCUCGCGCUUUUCUGUGCCAAUUUUCAAAAAGAGAAAGAGAGAGAGAGAGAAAAAAAAAGUUUCUCUUUUGGGUUCAGCCCUGAUGCCGCAGACUUAAGGCUCAGCGGCAUCGCCGGGCGAGGGCGAUGGGUUUGGGGGUACUCGGGAGUGCUGUGGGAUUGAGUGGGAUCAGGAUGGGAAUAAGGGUGGGGCUCGGGUGGGAGUACGGGGGUCCCUGAACAAAAAGGCUAGGGGAGCCAAACUGGGGGAUCUUGCGGUAGAGCUGAAGGGCCACCUUCGUUUCUCUCUCGGUUGAGUAGCCCACCAGCAGCCAAGCUGGGAAGUCUGCAUAAUGGCGGACCAUGGUUCCAACUCCAGCCCCCUCCCCCCCAAUCCUCCCUCUGUCCAGGAAUGCCAAGGCACGCAGGGCUUCAGAGUUAACCCUAUGGGGAGGCCUUCCCUUCCAACCCCAAGGAAGCAUCUUCUUCAGCCCUUGGUGGAUCUCAGCUAGUGCGAACCCGGCUAAUUAUGGCACGGUCUUCAGGACCCACACCUCUUUUUCUGGGGCGGUGGGGCGCCAUCAAGACUCAGGCAUACCAGCAGUUUGCAAAAGCUUUAUUGCCUCCUUGACUCAGCCCUCCCCAAGCUUACCCCACCCACCCCCAGGCUUAUAUUCUGGGGAAUAUAAACCUGAAUAUAAGCCUAUAUUUUCUUCUCUCUCCCUCCCUCCUCUCCCCCCACCCUCCGUAAAAUUCUUUGGCCGCAGUGCGGUUGUAUAAGAGAACUAAGGCCUUUCAGGAAUUCCCCCAUCAGCCUCCAGGCUGGGAGAUCACAGCAGGGAGAAGCAGCAGGGGGUGCCUGGAGCCUUGUGUUUCCCAGGGAAUCUCGAGAUCUAUCUUGGUGAUCCGGGUCGGGCAAACUGCGCCAGUGGGCUAGCGAAGGGUCUUCGAGCCCACCUCAGCUCUGUUCGGGGAGGGGGGCUCCCCCCCUCCAUGUUGCUUGUCUUUGGUAUUCUGUUUUGGAAUGCAUUUUUUUUUUAUCCUCCUUAGGAGUGUUUACAGCAUUGUUGUUGUUGUUGUUAUUGUUGUUAUUAAUUGAUUUUCUGCCAGGGAGCGAAAAGCACAAGAGGGGGGGGAUCCGAAGGGGAAAAGGAGGCAGGCUGGUGGGUGGGUGGACUGACCCUGGCAGAUCAGGUGGGGAGAAAAGAAGAGAGAGGGAGGGAGGAAAGGAGGCCGGGAAGGGAGGGGAGCUGCCGUGGGUCAGGCCUGAGCGAGAGAGAAAAGACUGGCAGUGUUGAGAGGAGCCAUGCUGGAGCUGGCGGGUGCCAUAGGCAAUGGAUCAGCACAGAGAGGAUUGGAAAGCAGAAUGCCCGUUAGUAACUGAGCCCUCCUGGAAGACAAAAAAUGGCUUAGAGGUGUGGUGCCUAGGAUCGGACACAGUGCUUGAUAUGAGAGUCUGACUCAGAAUAAUGUGAAAUGAUUAUGAUUCCCUGUGAUUUGGAAAUUGAACUGAAGUCAUUGCUCCCCUGCCUACACAGUGAUGUAUCUGAAAUAGAGAAGCUGAAGGAUGCUUUCGGCAGGGUGGUUUUCUAUUUGGAAGAGAAAGGCAUGGCCAAAGCUCCUUUCCAGGAAGCGGUUCCCGAGGCUGUGAAUGAAGUGGAAAAAGAAAUAGCACAACUCAAAGCAGCACCACCUUGCAUUCCACCAUGUGGCUAUCAGAAAGAAUCUCACUACUACAGAUGUUCCUCUUGUUCCAUCAUGGAUUGCCAGCUACCCAUUGAUUGCCCAAUUCAGGAUAUACACAAAUUGGAAGGAGACGCAACUUUUCUGAACUGCGAAGUCGCCUUCCAGACUUCCUCAGACAGGACCUUCCGGUGGAAAUUUGUCAAAGAUCUCCGGACGGAGGAACUUUUUCUCUUCCACGACCUUAAUUUUGGAGUCAACCCUUCCCUCCUCAUUCGGCCCACCCUUGGAUCCCAUCACGGGACCUUUGCCUGCGAACUUGAAGAGGAGAAUGACGUGGUGGUCAGGAAGUAUUUUUAUGUCAACGUGACAGAAAAGAGGCUCGGAAACGAGAAAAAGCUGCAAGAAAUGUUUAAAGCCAUCCUGAAUUCCCCACCGGAGUCAGUCCAGGAAGCAGUGGUGGUGAACAAGCUACCCUCACUCCAAGAUCUAAUGUCCCAGCCUGAUUAUCUCAGGAAAAGGGGUGUCAUUGUGCUUAUCCUUGGAAUAACUGGGAUAUCCCUGCUUGUUACUUUAGCAGUUCUGUCGCUGUAUCGCUGGGCGACGGACUUCGGGCCCUGAAUCCGUCUUUUUCAGUGGAUUUGGGUCUCCCCACUCCCCCUUCCCCUCCGCUGGAGCGGCCCCGCCACGCGCAAAAGCCCAUUAAAAACGGCAGAGCUCGCCUUAACGCCACGCGUGGCACGGAGUCUUGCAAAUCCUUUAGCGCCGCGAAAUUGGGAAAUCCUCACGCCUUCCCCGUAACAGACGGGAUGGAGCUGGGGGGGAAAAACCCUGAGGAUAAAGAAGCCUGGAGGCGUUCGGUUUUUUUAAAAAAAGCUCUUCUUUUCUUCUUUCUCUUUUUUUCAUUCCUCCCUCUUCUUUUUUUUUUCUUUCCUUCCUUCCUUCCCUCCCUUUCUUUUUCUUUCUUUCCCUUCCCUCCCUUUCUCUCUUCCUAUCUCUCCCUCUCUCUCCUUCCCUUUUCUUUCCUUCCCUCCCUUUCUCUCUUCCCUCCCCUCCCCUCUCCUCCCUUCCUCCUUCCUUUGCUUUUCUUUCCUUCCCACCCUUUUCUCUCUUUCCUUCCCUUUCCUCCCCUUCACACUUCCCUUCCCCUUCCUGUGCCUCCCUCCCUCUCCUUCCUUCUCCCUCCCUCCCUCUCCUUCCUCCCUCCCUCCUUUCCUUUCCUUUCCAUCCUUUUUCUCUUCCCUCCCCUUCCUUCUUCCCUUUCCCUUCCUGCGCCUCCCUCCCUCUCCUUCCUUCUUCCUCCCUCUCCUUCCUUCCUCCCUCCUUUCCUUUCCACCCUUUCUCUCUUCCCUCCCCUUCCCUCCCCUUUCCUUCCCUUCCUGUCCCUCUCCUUCCUUCCUUCCUUCCCUCCCUCCCUCCCUCCUUCCCUUCCCUUCCCUUCCCUUCCCUUCCCUUCCCUUCCCUUCCCUUCCC